AAAAUACACAGCAAAUCCGGAGUACUGCAGCAAUAUAAAUAAUGAAUUGAUCUAGUCGUUUGUUGGGCCUUGAGUUUUCAAACUUCAAUUUCAGUUAAAUUACAUUUCAAUGAAAUUAAACAUUUCAAAUGAUUUUCAUUUUUCGAACCAUUAGUUUAUUUUAAUUGGAAAAUUUUGUUCAGUCGAUCAAUAGCAUCCGUUUGUUAUUUAUAUUGACUAAAUUGGUGAUUAACUUUCUCGAAAAAUUACCAUGAGUUAUAUUGAAGUGAGCAUUUUGUCAGGAGGACUCAGUGGCUCGGCAUCGUCGUGUAUGUACGCACUUGUUUAUCAGCAUUAACGUUCGGGCAAUUGGUGAGUGAUGAAUAAUACAAGCGAAAAAUCGGCUGGAUAUUUUCAACAUCUGAAGCAUAUCGGAAAAUUAUUGUACAUUGUCAAUCCCUAUGAGACGAGUUUUGAAUUUGAAGAACAAGUGCCGGAUUAUCAGACAGAGAUCUGGUCCUCGUUCUUCGUCCUGAUAAUCCUCGAACAGAUAAUUCUUCAUUCAAAAAAUCGAAGUACUUUUCGCUUCAACGAUCACAUUACCUCGCUCUCCAACUGGAUUCUUCCAGAGUCUGGACGGAUAUUCUUUCGCAGUGCUGAAUACUACCUGUACAUUAAGAUUUAUGACAACUAUCGGAUAUGGAGUUUACCAUGGAAUUCCGUGUGGACAUGGUAUUUGACAGCAUUGGCAGUUGAUUUUUGUUACUAUUGGGUACAUCGUGCCAAUCAUGAAAUUCACUUCUUGUGGGCUCAACAUCAAGUACAUCAUAGUAGUGAGGAAUUUAAUCUUGUGGUUGGAUUGCGGCAGUCUGUCUUGCAACAGUGGUGCAGCUUCAUGUUCUACUUACCCCUCGCUGUCUUCAUACCACCGUCUCACUUUAUAGCGCAUCAUCAAUUCAAUCUUAUCUAUCAAUUGUGGAUUCAUACGACGUUAAUUGAUGACCUGGGACCUCUUGAACUUGUGUUUAAUACGCCGAAACAUCAUCGGGUGCAUCAUGGAUGCAAUUUAUACUGCCUCGACAAGAAUUACGGAGGUGUUCUAAUAAUUUGGGAUCGUCUCUUUGGCUCAUUUGCCGUAGAAGAAAGUAAGAACGAAAUAAUCUACGGCCUCGUCGUAAGCCCCCGGACAUUUAAUCCCCUGUAUCUUCAGACAUUUUACACAAAAGCAAUAUUCACAAAGAGUUUGAGUCUGACAAGUCUGGAAAAUAAAUUGGCAUGUUUCUGGAAAGGACCAAGCUGGUUUCCCGGUGCACCGCGACUUGGCCUUGAUGAGUACAAAGUCAACGUCACCUCUAGAAUAAAAUAUAAUCCUCGAAUAUCUGUUUGCCUGAAGAUUUACAUUAUCAUGCAUUUUAUCGUCGUAUUUUAUACGCAUUGUCAGCUUUACGGAGAGAAACAAGACUGCAAUAUCUUCAACCAAAGUACAAUGAUGAUGAACAAUAUAUUUUCAUUGACGACAAUCGGCCUCCUCUUCGACAAGUACAAAUAUGCGGAGGUAAUUGAGCUCGUACGAUGUGUCAUUCAAUUAUACAUAAUCAAAAAUGACUUCAAUGAGCCAAAAAUCACAUCAAAAUUCAUCUUUUUUCUCGUCUACUUCACAUCCUGCUGCCUCUGGAUUUUUAAAAAAAUCAGAGAUGCAACAUUCAUUACUAAUAAAAAACACUUGGUUCAACAUCGAGGCAAAUCGAGAUUCAGAAAGCGAUGUCUGAAUGCCUGAAUGUUUCGUAUCGUUGGUUGUUCUUUGGUUUGUUUUUAGUCACAUUAUGUUAACGUGGUAUGCCUACAUAAGGCCUUGGACUGAUUUCUUAAUUGAAUUUGAGAUUUAAAAAAAGAUGGUUGAAAUAUGAGGCAUAAGAGCAGCCGUACAAUGGAAGAAUUCUAAUCUGCGUGACAUGCUCCCUCAACCGAUUUUACGGAGUCAUUACGGGCUUGCAGUAUUGAUUAAAUGACGUAAUGAGGGAUUGAUGAACUCUUGGAGAAAAGUACGAAGAAAUUUCAUAGAAAAAUCCAACUCAAUGGAUAGAAACAUGUAUUUGUUUUUGAUCAACUUGAUUUUUUAAAAAUUCGUAGAUAAUGGGGCUACUUUUGUUGGUGAAAUUUUAUCAUACGUAUAUAUUUACGUGGCAAAAAUGCAAUUAUAGUCAUCUUCAACUGUAUAAUACUUUAAUUUGCUUAGUUAUAAGGAUAAAAAUGAGUAUGUUUCCAUGGUUCUUAUCCGACCUUUCCUUUCAUAUUCUGCAUCGAAAAGUCAUUAUUCAAAAUUGAAAUUGUUUUACAAAAACGAUGCCAUAAUAUUUUUUUUUCCAAAUACAGCACUGUUACAUUACGUAUAGUACAAAGUGGACAUAUGUCUUUAAAUUGCUUUAUUAUUACCUAAUUAAAAUAUUCAAUAUACAAAUGCAACAUAAUGCGUGUAAAAAAUUGAAACAAUAAAGCAAAAUUUUUUUUUUU